GUAAGCGGCAGCGGCAAAGUCUGCGAAAACAACACAAACGUUCAUUGAAUUUUUCAUUCAGGAUGGCAGCAGAAACCCCUAGCGAGUUCAUGUUAAAGAAUCCACCAACAGAUGGCAUAACAGCAGUGAAGUUUGGCCCAAAUUCAAGUCAGUUUCUCCUGACCUCCUCUUGGGAUACAUCUGUCCGUCUAUAUGAUGUUGUAGCCAACCAUCUCCGAAUGAAAUACAACCACCCAGCUCCAGUCCUUGACUGCUGCUUCCAUGACUCAGUUCACUGCUAUAGUGGAGGCUUGGACAACACUCUCAAAGUUUAUGAUUUCAACACAAACACUGGUACAAAUGUUGGGACCCAUGAGGCCCCUAUCCGCUGUGUGGAGUACUGCCCAGAUGUGAAUGUUAUCAUCACAGGAAGUUGGGAUUCCUCUGUGAAACUCUGGGACCCACGCACCCCCUGUAGCGCUGGAUCCUUUCCUCAGCCUGACAAGGUGUACACAAUGUCUGUGUGUGGAGAUCGGCUCGUGGUGGGUACGGCUGGCCGUCGUGUUCUAGUCUGGGACCUGCGCAACAUGGGUUACGUGCAACAGCGCCGCGAGUCCAGUCUCAAAUACCAGACUCGCUGCAUACGAUGCUUCCCCAACAAACAGGGAUAUGUUCUCAGCUCCAUUGAAGGCCGUGUGGCGGUCGAGUACCUGGACCCCAGCCCUGAGAUCCAGAAGCGGAAAUAUGCGUUUAAAUGUCACCGCCUCAAGGAGAACGGGGUGGAGCUCAUUUACCCAGUGAAUGCCAUUGCCUUCCACAACCAGCACAACACGUUUGCCACAGGCGGCUCUGAUGGCUUUGUCAACAUCUGGGAUGGCUUCAACAAAAAACGCCUCUGUCAAUUCCACAGAUAUCCAACAAGCAUUGCAUCACUGUCGUUCAGCGCUGAUAGUUCGGUGCUGGCAAUCGCAGCGUCGUACAUGUACGAGAAUGAGGAAGACAAGAAUCAGCCGGAGGACCAGAUCUACAUCCGCAAUGUCACAGACCAGGAAACAAAGCCUAAAUAAUGGGCUUCACUUUGGCCCAUUUUGAGCCAUCCACAUUUCCUGCAGCACUGACAUAACUUUGGAUUGAAAGAGUCACAGAUUUUCAUAACUGUGCUGGAAUUCACCAAAUGCUGAAUCCAUGUACAAGGAUUGAACUUACUUCAUUUCAAUGUUGUCUUAAAUUGAAUGUACUUACAUUAUUUUCAGGUCUGAAGUGUUGAAUUUAUGGACUUAAUGUAAAAUCUUUGUUAAUCCAGCAUAUCUGGCUCUUAUUACAUGUUCAUGAUUGUGUUCAAUACUUGAGGCUUGUCACAGACUAUUAAAUGCGUGUGGUACUCUACAUGUAUAAACAUGGCAAACUGAUAGAAGUUUAUAAUUGUCAGACAUAACAUAUUAAUUGUACAUAAAUUAUUUGUAAUACCACAAGAAUGAAAUUAUCCUGAAAUAUGACUUCUUGAUGAUGAAACAUUAACUUGGUGAUUUAGAGUUUUGAACAGCAAUUAAAACUUAAUUUAGACUACAGAACUAUGCCCCAACCAUUCAUUUUAAUGGUAUUUGAUACUUUUUUAUAAAUUUUAAGUUUGUCUUUUAUUAAAAAAUAAAGUCUGGUAUUGUGAUGGCCCUGAUAUGAAGCAAGAUUAACUGCGGCCCAUAUCUAGAAACUCCUUCCAGCAUAUUUACAUGAAAUUAAGAACACCACUUUUGUUGCCAUAGAAAGUUUGCAUAUGUUUUAAAAGGCACAUAAUUCUGGCUUAAAUAAUUACGGAGUUAUGCCCCUCUUUAACUGAAAAAAGAUAAGUGGUGGUGUUUGCUCCACCUCUCUUGUUAUAAGAAAUUUCUAACUUCCGCAAAGAAUUAAAUGUCAACCAGUGGUUAUUUUGCUGUAGAGAUUGAUGAUGCUUACUUUUUUACCAGAGGCCUAGUAUACUGUUUUACUGGUACUUUGUGGAGGUCAUGCAUAUAAAUUCAUGUCAUUUUGAAAUUCAUUAGUCAUACAUCAUUUACGUGUAAACAUACAGUUGAAAUAAAGGUAUUUUAUCUUG